AAGGUCUCCACUUUAUUUUCUUCAGCGGUAGUAAGAGUAACACCCGCCGCAGACGCAGUUUAUCCCGUAGACUCUCUCCACAUGUCCCGCUUUAUCUAGCACACACGCUUAUAUCCAUGGCCAGUUAGCCCAGUCCCCCAACCCUCCUCUCUCUCCUUCCCCACUCUUCUUCUUCUUCUUCUUCCACGAGAUACUCUUGCCAGUGGCCUACUCCUCUAUCCAUCGCAUAUGCCGUGGCGACCGGGGUGCUAGCCUCUUCCUCUUGGGUUCUGAGGCCGGCCGGGGGUCUGUUAGUUAUUCAGCCCAUCGCCGCCGUUGUGUCUCGGCGGCCGUCGGGGGAGUAUUUCGGGAGGGGAGGGUAGAGAUUUCAUGUCGCGUUUCUUUCCUCCUUUUGCACCCUGUAUCUUUGCAUGUCAGCGCCGGCGCAGCUCCAUGAUUCCCUUCCAUGUAUAGCAGCCCGCCAUACACUCAUACUGCCAUGUAUAGCAGCAGCCGCGGGGCUGCCUUGCUGCCGUUUUAAUGCAUGCCUUCUACCCCCCCCCCCCCCCCUCUCUCUCUCUCUCUUCAUAAAAAAUACUAGCAAUAAAUCAUCGGGAUCUGAGCGGAUCCGAAGGGGUUGGUAGGAGGAGCAAUUCGCGGAGAGAGAGAUUUUAGCCAGGCUUCCGUCUCUUGUCUCGUCAUUUCCAGCGCGCUCUUGAUGAGCUUCGGUGGCAUGUUCGAUGGCGCCGGGUCCGGCGUCUUCUCCUACGACGCCGGCGGGGGCGCGGGCAUGCACAAUAACCCCCGCCUCCUCCCCUCGCCGCCCCUCCCGAGACCUGGCGGCGGCGGAUUCGGCUCCUCCACCGGGCUCUCCCUCGGCCUGCAGCAAACGAACAUGAGCAUGGAGAGUGGUGGGCCGCUGGCGGGCGACGCGAACCGGAUGGUGGGCCUGAUGGGGAGCAGUGGCAGCGGCGGAGACGGCGACUCGCUGGGCCGCGGGCGGGAGGACGAGAACGACAGCCGCUCCGGGAGCGACAACCUGGACGGCGCGUCCGGCGACGAGCUCGACCCGGACAACAGCAACCCGCGCAAGAAGAAGAAGCGCUACCACCGCCACACGCCGCAGCAAAUCCAGGAACUCGAAGCCGUGUUCAAGGAGUGCCCGCACCCCGACGAGAAGCAAAGGAUGGAGCUGAGCAGGCGGCUCAACCUGGAGAGUCGCCAGGUCAAGUUCUGGUUUCAGAAUCGGCGCACCCAGAUGAAGACGCAGAUCGAGCGGCACGAGAACGCGUUGCUGCGGCAGGAGAACGACAAGCUGCGGGCGGAGAACAUGACGAUCCGGGAGGCGAUGCGGAGCCCCAUCUGCGGCAACUGCGGCGGCGCCGCCGUGCUCGGCGAGGUGUCCCUGGAGGAGCAGCACCUGCGCAUCGAGAACUCGCGCCUGAAAGACGAGCUGGACCGCGUCUGCUCGCUCGCCGGCAAGUUCCUGGGCCGGCCCAUCUCCACCAUCACCUCCGGGCUCGAGUUCGGCAUCGGCGCCACCAACGGCUUCGGCGCGCUCGGCCCACUGGGCGGCUCCUCGUCGUCGGUGCUGCAGUCCAUCCCGGACCUGAUGGGCGGCUCCUCGGCGGCGGCCAUGCGCCUGCCCGCCGGCAUUAGCGGCCUCGACGACGCCGAGAGCGCCAUCGCCGUGGACCGCGGCGUGCUGCUGGAGCUGGGGCUCGCCGCCAUGGACGAGCUGGUGAAGGUGACGCAGGUGGACGACCCGCUGUGGCUCCCCAGCCUCGACAGCGGCUUCGAGACGCUCAACAACGACGAGUACCGCCGCGCGUUCCCCAGGGUGCUCGCCCACAGCCCUGCCGGGUUCGUCUCCGAGGCCACCCGCGAGGUCGGCCUCGCCAUCGUCAGCAGCGCCGAACUCGUCGACAGCCUCAUGGACGCGGCGAGGUGGGCGGAGAUGUUCCCCUGCGUGGUGGCAAGGGCGAGCACGACGGACAUCAUCUCGGGCGGCAUGCCCGGCACGCGCAGCGGCUCGAUCCAACUGAUGCACGCGGAGCUGCAGGUACUGUCGCCGCUGGUACCGAUCCGGGAAGUCACGUUCCUUCGGUUCUGCAAGCAGCACGCGGAGGGGCUGUGGGCCGUCGUGGACGUCUCGGCGGACGGCGUCCUCCGCCCCGACGGCGGCGCCGGCAACGGCGCCGCAGCCGGGUACAUGGGCUGCCGCCUCCUCCCGUCCGGCUGCGUCGUGGAGGACAUGCGCAACGGCUACGCCAAGGUGACGUGGGUAGUUCACGCGGAGUACGACGAGACGGCGGUGCACCAUCUGUACCGGCCGCUGCUCCGGUCCGGCCAGGCCCUCGGCGCCCGCCGCUGGCUCGCCUCCCUCCAGCGCCAGUGCCAGUAUCUCGCCAUCCUCCGCAACAACUCCCUCCCCUCCCAAGACAACCAAGCGAUAUCGCCGGUGGGGAGGAGGAGCAUGCUGAAGCUGGCGCAGCGGAUGGCGGACAACUUCUGCGCGGGGGUGUGCGCGACGGCGGCGCAGAAGUGGCGCCGCCUGGACGAGUGGCGCGUCGAGGGGGCCAUGCCCGGCGGCGGUGACCAGCAGCAGCAUCAGGCCGGCGGCGGCGACGGCGACAAGGAGGUGCGGAUGAUGGCGCGGCACAGCGUGGGCGCGCCCGGGGAGCCCCCCGGCGUCGUGCUGAGCGCCACCACCUCGGUGCGGCUCCCCGGCACGCCCCCGCAGCGCGUCUUCGACUACCUCCGCGACGAGCAGCGGCGGGGCGAGUGGGACAUCCUCGCCAACGGAGAGGCCAUGCAGGAGAUGGACCACAUCGCCAAGGGCCAGCUCCACGGCAACGCCGUCUCCCUCCUCCGCCCAAAUGCGACGAGCGGGAACCAAAACAACAUGCUGAUCCUGCAGGAGACGUGCACCGACUCGUCGGGCUCCCUGGUGGUGUACGCCCCCGUCGACGUGCAGUCCAUGCACAUCGUCAUGAACGGCGGCGACUCGGCCUACGUCUCCCUCCUGCCGUCCGGCUUCGCCAUCCUCCCCGACGGCCACAACACGCCGCCUGGCGCCGUCGUUGACCCCGCAGGAUCGUCCCAGCAGUCGCAGCAGGGCUCGUCCGAGAGCGCUGCCCACGGCAACAACAACACCGGCUCGCUGGUCACGGUGGCGUUCCAGAUACUGGUGAACAACCUCCCGACGGCGAAGCUCACCGUCGAGUCGGUCGACACCGUCAGCAACCUGCUCUCCUGCACCAUCCAGAAGAUCAAGUCCGCCCUGCAGGCCAGUAACAACAUCUCGCCCUAGGCUAGCUAGCUAGCUAGCUAGCGGGCAUUUGACAUGGAUUCCGGCCGCACCAAUAUUACACACCGGAUGCCACGUCAAAUGUCUAUCUACCUAGCAGCUUUAUCGUUUGUCUCGUGUGAGAUCGUAAGUUAAAGUGGAAGAAGAAGAUUCAAGCAAGGACUCAGAUCAUAGUAGUGGCGUUCGGUGAGAAAUUAAAAUAAACUAUAUAGUGUGGAGAUCGAAUAUGUUGAUAGAGGAAAUUACAUGGGGGAUGAGAUGCAAUGGGAUUAAGUCAAGAACGAACCGCGCGCUAGGCUUGCAAGCAUGUUCCAUGCAUGCUUAAGCUUGCUGAUGUGGUGGUUCGGGUAUUGACUUGAACUCUGGUGAUCGGAGAACCUAGUGGUUUGUUUUAAUUUAUUUAUCGGUUUUUGCAAGUUUUCCUUUCUUCUAGUUACUCCAGAAUGGGGAUAUAUAUAGGGAAAAGAUGAUGAUCGAUCAUCCCCAGGAUAUAUUGUUUUUAUUUGUUAAGUUAUGCAAUAUGUUUGUAAUGUAUUUCAGGAUUCUUGAUUUCGAAUCCUGUGAAUCAGAAAGCAAAA